AUGUCUCGACGAUGUGUGAGUCAAGACACCGCGUCUGAUACAGAAAUCGAGUCCGAUGUUGCCGACCCAAGUGAGAUGUGCGAGAUGCAAAACUUGCUUGACACGACUGAACACUCCGUCAGCGAUGGCUUGUGGCCAAUUUACGACCAAUGCGUCAUUAUUGCAUUGGCGCAGUUCGCCUGUGCACCUCUGAUCUUCGUUGUCUCUUGCAGAGGCAACGACCACGCUGCUGGAUUCAUCCUCGUUCUGAUGCUGGUCUGCUCCACAAGCCUACAAUAUUGGCUGGCAGGUAAGCUGAUUUCCUGGCUAAGGCGACAACCCAGGGCGAAGUGGCAGCACUCUAUCGACGCUCUAUCUCACUUGAACGGUCGCUGCGGGAUGCAUUGCGUUACAUCGGGUGGACUCGCCUGUAUAUUCGGCAUGCUAGAAGCAGUGGAUCCAGCUCUGGACGCCUGGGCAGCUGCGAAUGCCUACAGCCUCUACACAGGGCCGGUCAAACAAGAAUUUACGGCCUCCUGGGAGGGUGCACCCCCAGCAGGCUGGCUCGUUGCGCGACUGGGUUUGCCCGGUAUUCUCUUCUCCAUACUCGUGGGCUCGAUGCUAUGCCAGUUGAUUGCAUUGUGGUGGCUCGUCCAGCGACAUGCCGGACGCUUCGACAGAUUCGAAGAGGACGGCGACGAGGAUGCUGUUUUUGCCAUGUGGUAUAAUUGGAAGCACACUACAGACAUUGGUGGUCUACUCAUACUGCAUGACGUGUUCGAUAAGCUGCUCCAUGCAGAGCUUGAGCUGGACGAGGAGUCCAAGCUGUAUCCUGUCGUGGACAGGUUUCAUAGUUUUAUGCCCAAGGUGGUCGCAGAAGCGCUGCCCGGGUUCUGGUUUCAAAUUACCGUCUUCGCUUUGACAUAUGACUCGUGUCCUUUCAACAAGUACGUUGUCAACAUCGCGUCCAUCACCAGCAGCAUCGUUUGCGUCUCGAACCUCCUGCGUCUGCAGAUGACAACCUUGUGUGAGAAGUGGCAUUACACCCCGAAGAGACCAAGCGCAAGUGCUGGUGUGCUGUAUUGGCUGAAUCUCCCUGUUGCACUUCUUGCACUGUGCUGUUUCAUUGCUUGCCUGGCACGUUUCGCAGGCGUGUGGAUUUGUCCCAGCCAUAUACUGGUCAUUUCCCAUGGAUGCUUCUGA